CUUUAGAUACAAAGUGUUUAAAAAAUUCAAAAAGGACAUGUAUAUCUACAUUUUGUAUUAAUUACGAUUUUCUAAACAAUGCGCUAAAAACACAUUGCAAAAAUUAUUGAAAUAAAAGAAAAGAACAUUCCAAGAAGUUUGAUUAACAAAAAUGGAUGAGGAAAAGUUGAUUAACGAAAUUAUUAAAUUACGUGAACUGUUGCGCGAGAAAGAAUAUCAACUGGCUGCUUUAAAGCGCGAAAAACAAAUUUUACAGAACUAUGGUUUGAACAAUGCUGAGAUAUCAAGAUACAGUAGACAAAUUUUUUUACCUGAAAUUGGCAUUAGAGGUCAACUAAAAUUAAAAAGUAGUGCAAUAUUAAUUGUAGGACUAGGUGGUCUUGGAUGUCCUGCUGCGUUAUAUUUGGCAUCUAGUGGUGUUGGACAUAUUGGUUUAAUUGAUUAUGAUAGUGUCGAACUUAAUAAUCUUCAUAGACAAUUGUUAUAUACAGAAGCAAAUAUUGGAACACCAAAAGUGGAUGCUGCUGCAGAAAGCCUUAAUAGAUUGAAUAGUAACAUUAAAGUUACACCAUAUAAAGUUCAAUUAGAUAGUAAUAAUGCUUUGGAAAUAAUAAAAUGUUAUGAUGUAGUGUUAGAUGCUACUGAUAAUGUAGCAACACGUUAUUUAUUAAAUGAUGCUUGUGUUUUAACCAAGAAGCCUUUAGUGUCAGCAUCAGCAUUAAGAUUUGAAGGGCAUUUAUCUGUAUUUAAUUAUUUUGGUCCCUGCUACAGAUGUAUAUUUCCUACACCUCCCCCUCCAGAAACAGUAACAAACUGUGGUGAUGGUGGUGUUUUUGGUCCAGCUGUUGGUACUAUUGGUGUUUUACAAGCAUUAGAGGCCUUAAAAAUUUUACUCAACUUACCACACGUAUUAUCUGGUCAACUAUUAUUAUUUGAUGGAUUAGAAACGAAAUUUCGGAACAUAAAAUUGCGCACAAAGAAUGUAAAUUGUAUUGUUUGUGGUGAUCAUCCAACUUUACAAAGGCUAAUUGAUUAUGAGCAGUUCUGUGGUUCCAAAGCAAAUGAUAAAGAUCCAAAAUUGAAUUUAUUAGGAGAGGAAGAACGAAUAAGUGUAGAAGAAUACAAUACAGCAUUAAAACUGGGAACAGAAGGUCAUAUUUUAAUUGAUGUGCGUUCUCCUGAAGAGUUUGAAAUUUGUAAUUUAAAGAAUUCUAUAAAUAUACCAUUAAACGAAAUUAAUAACGACGAAAAUGUAUCGCUGGUAAAACGUAAGAUACAAGAAAUACAGGAAAAAUAUAAUGAUGCUAAUUUAUACGUUAUGUGCAGAAGGGGAAAUGAUUCGCAAAAAGCUGUGAGAAGUCUUCAACAGAUUUUUAAUGGAAGUACAUUAAAAAUAAAGGAUGUAAUUGGUGGAAUUCAUGCCUGGAGUAGAAAGAUUGAUCAUACAUUUCCAGUGUAUUAAAUAUCUAAAGUUAUAUAAUCAUGAUUAUUCAUGUUAUAUUUUUUAUUCAUAAAAUGAAUAUAGUUUCAAUAUUUACUAUACAUUUUUAUAAACGAUGUAUAUGUA